ACGGCAGGUUCCGGUGAGCUGUGCGUCUCGAAUCUUACCGAACCGAAACACACAAACACAGAGUGAGCAGCAGAACCGGAGCCGGAGACAGCAGCAGCAGCGGUGAAUCAUGCGCUGGUUUGAGGGUUCAAUUCCCGCGGCCAUCGCGUCCGCUAAACACCUCAAAUGUGUGUUUGUGGUGGUGAUUACAGGUGAUGAUGAUCAGUCCAGACAGAUGAUGUCCAGUUGGGAGUCUGAUAGUGUGUCUGAUGCAGCGCAGAACUGUUGUGUUGCGAUUCGAGUGGACGCACAGAGUGAAACGUGUGUCCAGUUUUCACAGAUCUAUCCGGUGUUGUGCAUUCCGUCCAGUUUCUUCAUCGGAGAGAACGGUAUUCCACUGGAAGUCAUCGCAGGUAACGUCACGGCUGAGGAACUAACAAGCAGAAUCAACAAAGUCAGACAGAUGCACACACAGCAGAUUGAAGGUGCGGUGACGAACACAGAGACGCUCGCUCAAACCCCCCCACCACCCGCGAUGACCUCUGACCCGCAGGACACUCGGAGCACGCCUGCUAACAGCAGCUCCACAACAUCUAAAGAAUCCCUCUCAGUGCCAAUGGAGGAGGAUGGAGCGUCUGGUCAUGUGACUGCAGGUGUGAAUGAUGAAAGUGUCUCUUCAGGUGACACGCCACAGCCAGAGGAGCCUUUAGAUGUCAAAGUGGAGAGGUUAACAAAGAAAGUGGAGGAGAGCCGUGAGCAGAAGAGAAAAGCAGAAGAGAAGAAUGGGUUGAAGAAGGAGCUGGAGAGACGUCAAAUGGGGAAAGAGAUGCUGGACUACAAGAGGAAACAAGAGGAGGAGAAAACCAAACGCCUGCUGGACGAGAGAAGCCGUGAGAAAGCUGAAGAGAAAGCGGCCAGAGAACGAGUUAAACAACAGAUCGCUCUGGACCGCGCUGACAGAGCAGCCCGUUACGCUCAGACUCAACAGGAAGUAGAAGCGGCACGGUUAGCCACAUUACAGGCUCGAGCAGCUGAACAGGAAGCCAAGAGAGAGAGCGCACAGAGAGCGAGAAGUGCUGUUGCCAGGAUACAGUUUCGUCUGCCUGACGGCUCGUCCUUCACUAAUCAGUUUCCAUCAGAGACGCUCCUGCAGGAGGCCAGACAGUUUGCUGCUCAGGAAGUUGGAAACAGAUACGGUCAUUUCUCUUUGGCCACUAUGUUUCCCAGGAGAGAGUUCAGCACUGAAGAUCUGGAGAAAACUCUUCUGGAGCUGGAGCUCGCACCCAGUGCCUCCAUCGUACUGCUGCCGCAGCAGUCCAGUCGUCCCUCCAACAGUGUGGUGCACUCGUCCUCCAGCGGGGGAUUGUGGGCUGUUUUGGGCUCUUUACAGUACCCGCUGUUGGCCGUCUGGAGGUUCAUCAGCAGCUUUAUCUUCAGCACUCCUCCACCGCCUCCUCGUGCAUCUGCAGACGCUCGCAGUCACAACCAGCAUGUAACUCACACAUACAACGCCACUGCAGAACCACAGAGAGAUGCGGUUCGUAAGAGGGUGCUUGAGAAAAAAAGACCUGAGGACUUCAAAAAAGAUGGUAAAAUAUACCGACUGCGUAGUCAAGAAGACAGUGAAGACGACAACAACACCUGGAACGGCAACUCUACACAACAGAUGUAGUGAAAUAACACACAUACUGUAUCUCUCUUUGAAACGGUUUGAUUUAGAGUGUCUGUUAGUCUUAACGGUGGGUUAUGAUCAUUUACAUUUUCAUCCCCUUCUUUACCCCUCUCACCCUGCAUGGGUAAAUAAAAUCAGGCUAGCUGAAUUCGUUGCACUGUGCGUGCACACGACUCCAAUGAGGACGCGAGCUUGAGAAACACUUUAUGUUGAGACAUUAGCUACAGCGUGCAUCUGAUAUUAUUGCAAGGACCAUUGCUGUUUAUUUAAUACAAUAAUCAAUGCUGUGAAGUUGAAAACAUCAGAGGUUUUUGGUGUUCAUAUACCGGUUCAGACCGCACAACAUCAUAAGCAGCCUCAGCAAUAGAAAGACUUUAUACUAGCCAAACGCAGAUGUUACUUUACCAUUUAACAAUAGAAUAAAAGAUGUUUUUCAAUCAAAACCGUUCAAGUGAUUUUUCUUGAUAUAUUUUAUUGUUGGUUUUAUUAAUAAUAGUCUAGAACUGCCUUCUGAAAUUGAUCAUGCUUUUAUUAAUGUUUAAAUGUAGAAUACAUCAAAAUACAUUACAUUUGUUUAUUACUUGAAACAGUUAUUUCUGAAAAAUUACUUCUAACUACAAGUAAUUAUUGUGCUCAAUUCCAUGUAUAAUACUGGUUUUGUAAUAAUUAUAGUACUAUUAAAGGAUGAUUUCAAAUCAAA